AUGUCCUCAAUGUGGUCUGAAUAUACAAUUUGCGGAGUGAAGAUCAAAUUUCCUUGUAAAGCUUACCCAUCACAGCUUGCUAUGAUGAAUUCUAUUGUCAGAGGAUUAAAUGGUAGUCAACAUUGUUUGUUGGAGAGCCCCACAGGAAGUGGAAAAAGCUUAGCCUUACUUUGUUCUGCUUUAGCAUGGCAGCAAUCUCUUAAUGGGAAGCCAAUGGAUGAAGGCUUAAGUAAAAAAACUGAAGUACCAUUGUCAUGUUGUUGUACCUGCCAUUCAAAGAAUUUCACACACAGAGACCUGAACCAAGGAACUUCACCUCAUUUCAAUAGUCCAAGCACACCACCUUCUGAAAGAAAUGGCAGUUCAUCGACUUGUCAAGACUCUCCUGAAAAAAACACUCUGGCUGCAAAGUUAUCUGCCAAGAAACAGGCAUCCACAUGUCGGGAUGAAAAUGAUGAUUUUCAAGUAGAGAAGAAAAGAAUUCGACAUGUAGAAACUACACAGCAGAUUAGAAAACGUCAGUGUUUUGAAAAGGAAGCAUACCAUUUAGAUACACCUGUUUCUUCAGCAAAGACUGUAAAACCCAACUCUCCAUUAGGAAAGGUAAAUGCUUUUUCUCCACAAAAGCCUCCUGGCCAGUGUUCUAAGUGCUGUUGUUCUGCAAAACAAGGAAACAGUCAAGAGUCUUCAAAUACCAUUAAGAAGGAUCAAGGGGGGAAAUUCAAGAGACCCAAAAUAUAUUUUGGGACACGUACACACAAGCAGAUCGCUCAGAUUACUAAAGAGCUCCGGAGGACAGCAUAUUCAUGGGUGCCAAUGACCAUUCUUUCCAGCAGGGAUCAUACUUGUGUCCAUCCUGAAGUCAUUGGUAACUUCAACAGAAAAGAAAAGUGCAUGGAAUUUCUGGAUGGAAAAAAUGGAAAAUCCUGCUAUUUCUAUCAUGGUGUUCAUAAAAUUAGUGAUCAACACACAUUACAGACUCUUCAUGGGAUGUGCAAAGCCUGGGAUAUAGAAGAACUUGUAAGCCUGGGGAAAAAACUAAAGGCAUGCCCAUAUUACACAGCUCGAGAACUGAUAGGAGAUGCUGACAUCGUCUUUUGUCCCUAUAACUAUCUUCUAGAUGCACAAAUAAGGGAAAGUAUGGAUAUAAAUCUGAAAGAACAGGUUGUCAUUUUAGACGAAGCUCAUAACAUUGAAGACUGUGCUCGGGAAUCAGCAAGUUACAGUGUGACAGAAGUCCAGCUUCGGUUUGCUCGAGAUGAACUAGAUAUUUUGGUUACCAAUAAUAUAAGGAAGAAAGACCAUGAACCCCUUCGAGCUGUGUGCUAUAGCCUCAUUAAUUGGUUAGAAGCAAACUCUGAACAUCUUGUAGAAAGGGAUUAUGAAUCAUCUUGUAAAAUAUGGAGUGGAAAUGAAAUGCUCUUAAACUUAUAUAAAAUGGGCAUCACUACUUCUACUUUUCCCAUUUUGCAGGAGCAUUUUUCUACUGUUCUUCAAAAAGAAGAAAAACUCCCAUCAGUUCAGGGUAAAGAGGUGGCAAGAGAAGUACCUAUUCUUAGUGCUUCAACUCAAAUAAUGCUCAAAGGACUUUUUAUGGUGCUUGACUAUCUGUUUAGGCAAAACAGCAGAUUUGCAGAUGAUUAUAAAAUUGCUAUUCAGCAGACUUACUCCUGGACAAAUCAGAUUGAUAUUUCAGAUAAAAAUGGAUUCUUUGCUCCACCAAAAAAUAAGAAACGUUCACGACAGAAAAUUGCAGUUCGUGUGCUAAACUUUUGGUGCUUAAAUCCAGCUGUGGCCUUUUCAGAUAUUAAUGGCAAAGUUCGGACAAUUGUUUUGACAUCUGGUACAUUGUCACCAAUGAAAUCCUUUUCAUCAGAGCUUGGUGUUACAUUUGCUAUCCAACUAGAGGCUAAUCAUGUCAUUAAUAACUCACAGGUUUGGGUUGGUACCAUUGGUUCAGGCCCUAAGGGUCGGAAUCUCUGUGCUACCUUCCAGCAUACCGAAACAUUUGAGUUCCAGGAUGAAGUGGGAGCACUUUUGUUAUCUGUAUGCCAGACUGUAAGCCACGGAAUUUUGUGUUUUUUACCAUCAUAUAAGCUAUUAGAAAAAUUAAGAGAACGUUGGCUCCAUACUGGUUUGUGGCAUAAUCUGGAGUUGGUGAAGACAGUCAUUGUAGAACCACAAGGAGGAGAAAAAACUGAUUUUGAUGAAUUGUUGAAGGUGUACUAUGACUCAAUCAAGUAUAAAGGAGAGAAAGAUGGAGCCCUGCUAAUAGCAGUUUGUCGUGGUAAAGUGAGUGAGGGUCUGGAUUUCUCAGAUGACAAUGCCCGUGCUGUCAUAACAAUAGGAAUUCCUUUUCCAAAUGUCAAAGAUCUACAGGUUGAACUAAAGCGACAAUAUAAUGACCACCAUUCAAAAUUGAGAGGUCUUUUACCUGGCCGUCAGUGGUAUGAAAUUCAAGCAUAUAGGGCCUUAAACCAGGCCCUAGGUAGGUGUAUUCGACACAGAAAUGAUUGGGGAGCUCUUAUUCUAGUGGAUGACCGUUUCAGGAAUAACCCAAAUCGCUAUAUAUCUGGACUUUCUAAAUGGAUAAGGCAGCAGAUUCAGCACCAUUCAACUUUUGAAAGUGCACUGGAAUCCUUGGCUGAAUUUUCCAAAAAGCACCAAAAAAUCAUUGAUAUAUCCAAAAAGGACCAAAAGUGUAUACAAGACAGUAAAUCUACUCUUGAAGAGUCCUAUUUGGAGAAUGAUAGCCCUACUUAUUUACUUGAUACAUUAAGUUAUCUACCACCAGAACAUCCUACGAAAUGUAAAACAAAAAUGUGUGUCCAAGAACUACAGUGUCCUAAAGUGAUUACUAAAAACUCAUUUCUACCAAGUGAUAUCAUCUCUAGAAAAGAGAAAGAUGAUCCAGUAUUAUUGGAAGAGUCUGUCCAAGCAAAGAAAGCUGAAAAAUUUGUGAUUUCCAGAUCCUCAAGCCCAACUUUCAGUAAAGAAACAAAGAAAGUUAGCUGGUCUAACUUUAAUUCUUUAGGACAGUAUUUUACUGGCAAGAUGCAGGCUGUUACACCCCAGCUCAGUACAUCAGAGAAUUGUGCCUCUAGUUCUUCCACUUUCAAAGAAGAAAAUAAGGAAAAUAAAACUACUUUGCCACUUACUGAUAAAUAUGAUUCCUCAAAUAUAAAAGUAAACAUGCCGUUUGGGCUAUGCCCUCAAUCGGAAAACAUUAUUUCAUCAAUAAAGAUUGACACUACUCUUUCCAAAAAAGAUCAUUCAAAACAACUGUUCUGCUCUAAAGAAGCCCAGGAUCCAGAUUUGGAACUGUCUCAGAAAUGUGAAGAAGCUAAACAUUCCAGUUUAAAUACAACUUUUGAAACAGAAGUAGAAGAUGAAUCUAUCUAUUUUACACCUGAACUUUAUGAUUCUGUAGAAACAGAUGAAGAAAAAAAUAAGCUAGUUGAAACCGAUGGAUUCAGUAAUAAUUCAAAUUGCAUUUUAGCUGGAGACUUUUUUGAAAUUAGAACUAUGAAAGGAGUGAAUUCAGUCAGAGAUGUGAAAGCUGAGGAUUACCCAGAAACAAAGUUGAAUAGAAUCACUCAUAUUGAAGAGAAUAAAAUUAAUGACAUGUAAAGAAUAAUUUACGCAUUCGA